GCCGUAAUCCGCCACUGGUCGUAACGAAGGUAUAAAUACCGGAUUAGUCCAUGACGAUCAUUCAGUGUCGCGUUACAUUUUGAUCGCGGGCCGUUAUUCGACGUCGCAUAAAAUGUUGUGGGCAGGUUUCAUUUUCGUGAGUGGAUUAAUUCUCGCCAAUGGAGAAUGUCCAGAUGGUUGUGAUCAACCUGUUGCAAUUUAUAAAGAUUUACGUUGUGAACCGAUCUACGCCAAGCCAACAGACUGUUGUCCAGUGAAAUAUGAUUGCUCAACACUAGAAAAACGUCCAGAAGGUAAAUGUACAUACAGAGGGAAGACAUAUAACCUCAAAGAAGAUAUUCCCCAAGAUGAAACCUAUGGAAACUGUCAGAUAGGCUGUUCUUGUCGUGAAACUGAUAACAUUCAGUGCGCCAUCUUAGAUUGUCCAGAAUGGCUGGGAAGUCGUCCGAAAGCCGGCAGCCAUUUUACUUACACACUAAAUAAGUGCUGUUCCACCGGGCAACAAGCUGCACCUUUUGCCACGUGCAAAGUCGGUGAAGAAGAAUACAAAGAAGGGCAGAAAUUCAGUGGACCAAAACGUUGUACCGACUGUGUUUGCGCUAAGGGCUGGAAGGGUAAAUUCGAAGCACCUUUCUGCAUGGAACAGACCUGCACGGAGGAAAUGACAAAUAUUAAGAAAAUGAAAGCAAAUUGCGCUCCGUCAUAUCUUGGAAAGAAUCCUUGCUGUCCAUUUAAGUGGAUUUGUUCUGAUGAUGAAAAGGCAGAUGACAAAAUAACACCUUCUGCCACGCCUAAAGAUGCUAAUAACAAGGAGCAAUGCAAGUAUGGUUCAAAGUUGUUGAACAUCGGUGAUAAAUUCGAACGGAUAGAACCGAUUUCAUCGUAUGAUCGCUUCGAGAUAAACUGCACUUGCGUCAUUCCACCAUUCCUUACCUGCACACAGAAACAGGUCUUCGACAAGGAUAAAACCCCGCAUCAUAUCAAAUUGAUUGCAGGAAUACUCAAAAAAUAACAUCCUUAUUCAAUCGUCGUUAGUAGUCACAGUCUUAUCCGUCAGGUUAAAUUACAAGGAAUGUUUAAGUCAUGUUUCAAUCAAGUCCCAUUUGUUAAAAGUCGGUUCAUUGCACAGCGUCAUGAUUACGAUAGAUCCGAUUUCAGCUUUUCGUACUCCUAGGCAAGUUCCGGCGGCCAUGUUGUAAAUGGGUGAGUGUUUCUGUCAAAAUUUAAGAGAAUUAAGAAAAUGACAGACAGACAAGCAGAUGGCGAUGGAAACUUACUUCUCCUUUGUGUUUCCAUUCUUGAUCACCACCCAUUUCGUGGCAUUUAUAGAGAUUCGGUUCGGGUUGAUGUGCAUUCAGGCAUAGUAACUGCGCGAGGACAAAUUCACUUCGAUCUGUUUCGAACCACAUCUGUGAUUUUGAUAAAACAAAAUUUAAAAUUUGAUUACUUUUAUGCAUAUUACUAUCAGAUAUUUUAAAUUACCUGUUGUUUACCACGAAUACAUUGUUUCAACACCAAUAAACUCCCCUUGGCUUUGACAUCUUUCACAGCCUGCACGCAGAGGUUACUCUCGCUCAACCUAAUUUGAAACUGUUUCGUAUAGUUACGUUUACGCGAAUGCCACGGCUGGAAUUUAUCUUGAUCUAAUGCAGACCACUUUUUCGCUUUUUUUCUGCAUUAUCAUCGGGCAGUGCCAAUUCAGGAUACACAUUCUUUAGAUACCAAGUAAAAUUCUUACAAUGUAAUUCUUCACGUAGUUUUAUACGAGCGGAAAUGUCUCCAUAGUCGACUUUUUCACCUUUUCUUGAAUUUAAGUAGUAAGAUUUGUAGUCAUCCAUCCAGACAUGCGCAACACGCAUGGAAUUAUAUAACAUUGUGUCUUGACCAUCUGGAGAGCUGUAUGGACGUCUCUGGCGGAAAACAUGACCAACUCUGCUACAAGGGAUGAGUUCUAGCCGUCCACCACACAUCCAAAUCUUAAAAAUUUAAAAAUGUUGAAAAUUAACAGUUUUAUGACAAAAAAUUGUAUUUACACUUA